AGCCAGCCAUCCGUAGUAAAUAAUGGUAAAGCUAUAACACAAUUGAAUCGUGUGAGUUGUAUGAGCAGUUCUCUGCCCCUUCCGAACAGGCACAUUUUCAAUGGGCCCAGCACUAGUUAUGAUAAAAGUAGAGAGCACACAGUGAAUCCACUUUGUACGACGGCAAAUCGCUAUUCUGAAAGCCACGCCUUUUUGCGUCGCUUGCUGUAAGUAAUACACGGCGCCUUGAGACUAUUCCAGCAAAAUGGAGCAACUAAGACAGAAACUUCUGGAAAGGAACGUGAACAGCUUCAAGCGGUUAGGGAGAAAGUUUCGUAUCAUGGACGACGACCGGAGCGGCUCAUUGAAUCAGGAGGAGUUCGUGAAAGGUGUUCGCGAUAUGGGCGUGGAUAUGUCACAGGAUGAAAUCAAAAACAUCUUCGGUACACUGGACAAAGACGGCUCAGGAACCCUGAGUAUUGACGAGUUCCUGGAGACUCUUGCGCCUCCCUUGAACGCGACCAGAAAGGACAUCAUCAAGCAGGCCUUUGCAAAGUUCGAUAAGACGGGAGAUGAGAUUGUGACAGUGGCCGACUUGAAGGGAAUCUACAACGUCAGAUGCCACCCGGACUUCACCAGCGGUGCGAAGACUGAAGAGCAACUGAUGACGGAGUUUCUGAACAGCUUCGAACCGGAUGAAGCCAGUCGGGAUGGAAAGGUGACGCUGGCUGAGUUUGAGAAGUACUAUGCCGGAGUAAGCAGUGGCUACGAUUCAGACGAGCAUUUCAGCCUGAUGAUGAGAAACAGUUAUAAAUUGUAAUUUCGAAUCACAGUUAAGGCUUGAUAAAGUAUGUCCUUAAAAGAAAAAAAUCCACAAUUUACAACAGUUGUUUUGCGUCACGGUUCACCUCUUCUCAAACAAUUUUUUUUUCCAGAUUGGAGCGUGUUAUUCUCCGAAUAAAGCAUGUACUUUUCUCUGCCAGGUGAAAUCCUGCAUAAAUUAUCCUUUUAAAUUUACCUAGAGUAUCUUUUAGGAAAUAAAUUUACUGCAGUGUUGUCGAUCCGGGGAAUAUAUUGUUAUCACAAUCCGAUCAUGGAGGAAAUAAAAUAGACAUCAUGUCGGCAAUUUGAUCGAUUGAAUACGAGAUCUGAGGUAAGUUGCAACAAUCAAUUGAAAUUUAAACCAAUAUUAUUUCUGGUGACAAUAUGUAAUUGUAAUUUGAAGUCAAGCUUAAUGGUCUUGACUUGGGCCAGUCUUUGAAAUAAAGUGAUCCGAAGUAGUGACAA